AUGCUCGAUCAGAUCCAAAACACUCGGCUUCCUGAAUGGUUUCCUUAUUCCGGUGUUGACUCUUCCUUCGGGAUAGACCUGGAUGUCCUGAAAGCGUUGCGACGAGAAUGGGUGACUGAUUUCAACUGGAAAACAGAACAAGAUUCGAUGAACCAGUUCAAUCACUACAAAACGCCAAUUGAAAAUCUAAGCAUUCACUUCGUCUACGAGAAGUCCCCUGCGCCGAACGCCAUACCGCUGCUUCUGGUCCAUGGCUGGCCAGGAUCAUUUCUGGAAUUCGCUCCGAUCAUCGAUCAGUUGACCAAGGAAGCAACGACCUCUACAGGAAAAACUGUGUCGUUUGAUGUUAUUAUACCGUCCCUCCCUGGUUUUGCUUUCUCAUCCCCUCCUCCGCCCAGCUGGACGAUUACAGAUACAGCUCGUAUAUUAAACACGCUGAUGGUAGAUGUCCUGGGAUAUGAAACCUAUGCAAUACACGGAACGGACUGGGGUAGCGCUGUUUCCUAUAAUAUGUACGACACAUUUAACGCAACUAUCGGUGCGGCACAUUUUGUGUUCCUGCCCUUCUAUCCGCAGACCCCAGGGGAACUUACUGCUGGGAAUAUCACACUCUCCAAAGCGGAGCAGGCCGAAGAGCAGAAUGCGAUGAACUGGGCUAACACGGGUGACGGGUACUUUAUUGAACAAAGUACGAAGUCUAAUACGGUCGGCCUGGCACUUCAUGAUAAUCCAGUAGGGCAACUGGCUUGGCUUGGAGAGAAAUUCAUGAACUGGUCCGAUCCAAAUGCCGGAACAGGGCCUUCCGUACUCAACCACAAUGAGAUUCUCCGCAGCGUGUCUUUAUACUACCUCACUGGAACGUUCGCCUCGUCUGUUUUGAUAUAUUCUCAGAACCCGAACACCUGGAAAACAGAGUACAGCAAAGCACGUAACGACGCACCGCUACUGUUUAGUUCAUUCAAGUAUAAUGUUGGCUUUUGGCCCGCAAGGCUCGUUUCGAAGCUUGGAAACUUGGUGCUCUAUAGAAACCACGAUUUCGGAGGCCACUUCCCUGGUUUGGAUAACCCGCCUGCUUUGCUGGAAGAUCUUCGAGAGAUUGGGUCUUUCUGGAGUAGAUGA